AAAGAUGGCAGGUUCCCAUUCGCUAUAAGGCACUUCCUUCACUACUCUCGAAUCACCCAAUCUCCUCUCUGACACUCUACGCUAACGUGUCAUCUUCUAAUUGUAUCCACAGCCCAAACGAAUCCCUGAAUGCAUACCGUAUUCCCCAGGACAGUACCGUCAGAUGGGCACAGUUGUUGGUCGGGGAUUUAAUAAGGAUGCCGAGAAGUUCGCGACACAAGUCGAGCAAGCAUAGCUCGAGAGAGUAUUCAGAUUCGGAGAAAGAUUCGAGCUUGAAAGAGAAGAAGGCUGCCGCGGCGGCGAAAGAGGAGAAUAUUAGUAAUAAUAGCAGUGUUAGGGUUUCGAGCGAGAAGAGAAAGUUAGAUUUGAAGGAGAAUAAGGAAUCUCUAAAUGGGGAAUAUCUAGAGGAAUAUUCUUCGUCUUCGUCGAAGAGGAGAAAGGAGAGAGUCGAGGAAAAUAAUGAUAGAUGGAAUGGUGGAGAGGAGGAGAGAGGGGAGAAGAAGGGGAAGGAGAAAGGGAGUGAGGAGAAGUCGAAGAGUAAGAGGAGGGAUGAGAGUGUGGAGAAGAAGAGUGAAGGAAGGCAUAGGGAGAGUAGUAGAAAGGAGGAGAGGGAGAGGGAGAGGGAUAGGGAUAGGGAUAGGGAUAGGGAAAGGGAAAGGGAAAGGGAGAAGGAGAAAGAGAAGGAUAGGGAGAGAGAGAGGGAGAGGGAGAAGAAAGGAAAGGAGGGGAGGACUGAGAAGGGGAUUGGGGUUGAAGAGUAUUCACGUGGGGGAAAACAAGUUUCUGAAAAAACUGCAAAUGAUCAACUGCAAAGUCCUGAAUCAGAGAACCGUUCUGAUAGGCGAAUUAGGAGAAAGAGAGAUGAUUCUGUUGACGGGGAUAAGCAUCAGGAUGAUUUUGGAGAUGCCAAUGGAAAACGAUUAUCCUCAAGGGAGGAUUUUGCCAAGAAUGGAAAACCAAAGGAUGAGAAGCACAAGGAUGAUAGAUAUAGAGACAAGUACUAUGAAGACAUGGACAGGGAAAAUAGGCAUCGAGAUGAUAAGCAAAGAGAGGAGCGUGGUGCAAGAGAUCACAUUAACAGCAGGUCUGAUGAGAAGCACCUAAGGGAUGAGAAGGAUGGCCCAGAAAUUCGGAAGAAAUCUAAGCCACAAGAGAGUGACCGUGAUCAUGAUCGUGAUUUUGAUGUUGUUCGGGACCGGGACCGUGACCAUGAUCGUAAUCGUGACAGGGACCGAGAGCGUGAUCGUGACCGUGACCAAGAUCGUGAUCAUGAUCGUGAUUGGGAUUGGGAUCGGAAUCGGGACAGAGACCGUGAUCGGGAGCGAGACCGUGACAGAGACCAGGACCGUAAUCUUGACUAUGAUGGGGUGCAUAUUGACGAUCAUUGUGCCAGAUACAAGGGAAGGAAAAGAUCUCCUGAAGAUCGUAAUGACUAUAAUGAUGCUAAAUCCAAAGGUAUAAAGGCACCUUAUACUGAAGUGGAAAAGAAAUCUUUGAGCAGUGGGAGAGUUGAGUCAGAUGACAGGGGAAGGUCUCAAUCACGUCAAGCCCAUCUAGAGAAUAAUGUUAGCAGUAACAGGCGAAGGGCUUCCCCAGAUACCAAUUCACAUGGAGCUGUUGAAGAGUACAGGCAUUUCAAAGCAGAAGAAUCAAAGUACAGGGAUGCUGUGACAGAACAGAGGUCGAAAGCAAUUUCUUCAAGAGAGGCUAUUGAUUUUCCGGCAACAUCAGAGAGGGCUUCCAAGUAUAGGUCUACUGAUAAACCUAUUAAAAUGGAUGAUGGCCAUCCGGGUGAGUUGUCGAUUGAGAGGUCUUCAAGUUCUAGAGUUUCACCCCGGGGCUUGGUUGACAGAUCUCCUUCAUCAAGCCUUGAGCGCAGAUAUGCAAACAGAACUGGUGUCAGGCGGAGUCUUGAAAUUGAAGAAUCAGCAAGGAGGAGAAGUGGUUCCAUCAGUGCUAGAGAUUUGCCUUCUGCUGAGGACAGACUAGGUCGGGAUUUACCUUUGGAGAAGCCUCUAGCAGAUGACUCGAUUCCAGCUGAUUCAUCCUUCUAUAAUAGAGCUAAUCAGAACAAUUCUGCUUUGAUUCCUCCACCUGCCUUCAGGGGUGGAGGUAGCAGCCCAUCUUUUAUGGGCUCACUAGAAGAAGAUAGUAGAGUUAACUCCCGCUACAAGAGAGGUGGUGAUCCCAAUCUAGGAAGAGGCCAAGGAAAUACUUGGAGAGGUACCCCAAACUGGUCGUCGCCCAUGCCAAAUGGCUACAUGCCUUUCCAACAUGGGCCAGCUCACGGAGGUUUUCAAGCAAUGAUGCCUCAUUUUCCAUCUCCACCGCUGUUCAGCGCCAGGCCAUCUAUGGAAAUUAACCACUCUGGGAUUCCUUACCAUAUACCUGAUGCUGACAGGUUUUCUGGUCAUUUGCGCCCACUUGGGUGGCAUAAUAUGAUGGAUGGGUCAGGACCUUCUCACAUGCAUGGAUGGGAUGGAAAUAAUGGUGUGUUUAGAGAUGAACCACAUGUAUUUGGGCAAGAGUGGGAUCAGAAUAGGCAUCAGUUGAAUGGUCGGGGAUGGGAAACUGGCACUGAUAUGUGGAAAGCACAAAAUGGUGAUGUGAAUAUGGACUUGCCAGCAACUUCUGUGAAAGAGGAUUUUCCAGUGCAGGCACCUCAGGAGAAUGUUUUGGCUGGACAAGCAGGUCACCACUCGCAAAAUGAAAAUGUUCAUCAAAAAGUCCAAGCAGAAAUUGUAGAAACAACAUUAGCUGUUGCUUCAGCAAAAGAACCUUCAAAGUCUAUGCCUAAAACUACCCAUGAGAAGCUGCCUGAUCGUCCUAAAGUGCAAAGCAGUGAUGACGGUAGACAUAUUGCCUGUGCUUAUCUUUCUAAGCUGGACAUUUCAACAGAACUUGCCAGUCCAGAGUUGUAUAGCCAGUGUAUGAAUUUGUGCAGCAUGGAGCAGAGUGCAAAUGCUGAUGAUGAUGUCAUUAUGCUUGUAAAUUUGAAGGAUGGUGCAAGAGCAGUGCCAAAAAUUUCCAAUUCCAUUUUCAGUCUUUCACUUCUUCCUGCCCCAAAAGAUUCUGUUUUUCAGAGAGCCAUGGACUACUACAAGAAGCAGAGAGUAGGUUUGAGUUACUUGCCAAUUUUUAAUGGUGGAACAAUCGAUGCUAUUUCAACAUCCAAAGUAAAGGAUGAGCCUAUUGAUGAUGUGCACGACGCGGAGGAGGCAGUUUUAAAUCAGGAUGAAGAAAUGCCUGCUGUGCCGGUGUUGAGUUUAGAUCAGGAGAAAGCUGAAGAUGUUCCAAUUGCUGAUACCCAUGAGUCAUUGGAAGAACCUGUUUCCACUCCUAGCCAGAAGGAACAUGCUCGCAUCCCCUUUGAGGAAUUGCCUUACCAAGCUCCUAGCCAAGAUAGUCCUGAAAAGCCUGUAGAAAUUUCUAAUGGUACUAAGAUUGAUGAGGCGCCAUCUGAGCUUGUAAAUUCAGAAGAUGUGGAGGGAAGCAUUGCAAGCAUUGAUAAUGCACCUCAAACUGUCACCAUUUCACCUGCUGAAGGUGUAGAUGAUAAUUCUUUGCAAUGUGCUGGAGAAGGGCAUGGGUCUGGUGAAGCAAUAUGUGGUCCUUUAUUUUUUUCGGAUGAUUCUCCCAAGGCAUCUGGGACUUUGAUGCUUGGGUCAAAUGAGUCUGAGUCGAAAUUGGUAGAUUUAAAAGGAAUGCAUCGAGGAAAAAGAGAUACAUGGAGGAGAAAUAUGGUAUCCUCUAGAAUAAUGAAUGCGCAGAAGGGGUAG